CUCAAGCACGGUUUGACCCCACCGGCCUGGUCCAGCGCUGCGUGAUCAUCCAGAGGGAUGAAAAUGGCUUUGGGCUGACGGUGAGCGGAGACAACCCUGUGUUUGUGCAGCUGGUCAAGGAAGAUGGAGCCGCAAUGCGCGCGGGUGUCCAAACUGGCGAUAGAAUCAUUAAGGUUAACGGGACCUUAGUGACGCAUUCAAAUCACACGGAGGUUGUGAAGCUGAUCAAAUCCGGGUCCUACGUAGCACUUACAGUGCUGGGCAGACCUCCGGGUCUUCCGCAUCCGCUGGAGGAAGACGACGACGACGACGACGACGACACGCUGGAUGAGGAAGAAGAGAGCGGCAGCGACCUGUCGUUGCAGAUUCACCCAGCGGGGAGCGACACGGCAGCGCGACCUGUAGCCCCGAGGCGCCCCCGCCGCACUCCUCCCUGCCCGAUGGGGUUUUAUACGCCGUUGGACACGUUCGAUGUCGAAUAUUUAACCCAUAAAUAUGCUUUCCCGCAUUUAAAUUCUCCAUUGUAUCCUUUUUCACUGAAAUGCGCAAAAACCGCCACGAGCGACACUAGCGAAAAAUGUCAUGCUAGCGCAGGCGCACGAGCUAACGAGUCAAAUGAAGUUUUUGCAAAUGACUUUCUUUCUUUGCAAAAUAAAUCAAGUGUUUUAAUGCGCUUGUACAUUUUGACGGUCAUGGCGGCUCAGGACGGCGGCGGCCAUUACGUGGCGGGCAGCCCGCCGUACCUCCUCCACCCGCAGAUCAUCGGCGCCGAAGACGACUACUUUGAUUCGCAUCAGGAGCAGAUGAACGGGCAGUGCGGCUGCUUCCAGAGCAUCGAGUCGCUCAAGUGUCGGCCCGCCCACCUCGCCGUCUUCCUGCAUCACGUCGUUUCGCAGUUUGACCCCGCCCCCCUGCUGUGUUUCUUGUACGCCGACAUCCACAAGCAAAGCAACUCCAAAGAAAGCCGACGCUUCUUCAUGGAGUUUCACUCGCUCUUUGUGGAUCGAACGGCGAAUCUGAAAGUUUCGGUGCCAGAUGCCGUCGCAGCCGAACUUGACAAGCGCAGGCUGGAGUUAAUCCCAGAGGAGGUGUGCAAGCAGUGCACGCAAACCUUGCAGGACUCGCUGAUGCCGGACCUGCAUAAAAACCUGGAGGACUUCAGACACAAGCGCAGCAUGGGGCUGACCCUGGCCGAGGACGAGCUGUCCAGGCUGGACGCCGACGCCGGCGAAGACCCGCUGGCCUGGGAGAGGCAAUGCUCGUGCGCCGAACAUAUUCUCGCCAAGAUCGAGGACGUCCUGUUAACAUCUCAACCCUCCGAGGAGGAAAAAUGCCAAACGAUGCAGUACGUCAUCCUCACGUACAUGAAGCACCUCGGCGUCAAAGUCAAGGAGCCUCGAGGCCUGGAGCAGAAACGAGCGCGAAUCAACUUCCUGCCCAAGAUUAAGAAGAGCAUCAAGCCCGACAAGGAAGGUGAAGAGAAGGUGAAAAAGCCUCGUUUUCCCAACAUCCUGGUCCCGCCGCGCCGUUUGAGCCGAGUGGACUCCACUUCAGCGGGCAAGGCGGCGGAGGUGAACAAGCAGCGUUCCCCGAAACUCCUCCCCCAGGCGGCUUUUGCCGCCCCCGAGCCGCCCGACUGGUCGCCUUCGAAUUCCGGAAGGAGCCGCGGGCCGAGGUGGUCCGAAGUCCACCUUGGCGAGACUUCGGAUCUUUCGAGCGCCUCGUCCGUGCACGGCUCGCCCAACGCCGCAAUAUCGGACGCCAGCGGCCACGACUCGGACAGCAACGUCUCUCCGUUCUGCAUCCAGCCCCGAGUCGGCGAGGUCUCGAUAUGUGGCGAGCACCAAGAUGGCGUUUGCGGCCCCACCAGUACGCAAUUUGACUUCAGUCCUUCCAACCUGGAGGACUUGCAUGAAGAGGCGGACCACGAUGCCUUCAGGAUGGAGGUGACGUGCGCGGCGGACGUGGCCAGCGAGGACGAGCAAGCGUGCGAGGCCGCGGGCGAGGACGAUCCGCUCAACUGGCAGAGCCUGGUGAGCCGCGAGGUUCUGGCCGCGCUGGCGCCGCAGGAAAUCAAGAGGCAGGAAGUCAUCAACGAGCUGUUCUACACGGAGCGGGCCCACUUGCGCAUGCUGAAGGUGAUGGACGGCGUGUUCUGCCAGCGGCUGAGCAGGGACGCCAUCCUGCCGCCGGACGACGUCAAGAGCAUCUUCACCAACCUGGACGACAUCAUUCAGCUGCACGUUUCCCUGGGCGAGCAAAUGGCGGCCGUCAGGAAGAGGAGCGACGCGUCCGUCAUCGGUCACAUCGGCGAGGAUCUCUUGGCUUGGUUCGGCGGCGAGGAAGAGGAGAAGAUCAGGCGCGCCGUGGCCACCUUCUGCAGCAACCAACCGGCCGCGCUGGAGCUCAUCAAGAGCAAGAAGAAGAAGGACCCCAGGUUCACCUUGUUCAUGCAGGCGGCCGAGAGCAACCGUCUGUGCCGGCGGCUGCAGCUGAAGGACAUCAUUCCCGUGGAAAUGCAGCGAGCCACCAAGUACCCGCUUCUCUUGGACAAGAUUGCCAAGUACACGGAGGAUGAGGAGGAGGCGGAGAAGGUGAAAAAAGCGGGCGAAUGCUGCCGGCAGAUUCUCAACCACGUCAACCAGGCGGUGAAAGAGGCCGAGAACAAGCAGAGGCUGGAGGACUAUCAGAGAAGGUUGGACAUCUCGUCGCUGAAGCCCAACGAGAACCCGCUCGUGGCCGAGCUGCGGAAUCUGGACCUGACCAAGAGGAAGAUGCUCCAUGAAGGACCGCUCUCCUGGAAAGUCAACAAAGACAAAAGAAUUGAUCUGUACACGCUGCUCCUGGAGGACAUCUUGGUGCUCCUUCAGAAGCAGGACGAGCGCCUGCUGCUCAAGUUCCACAGCAAGAACGCGGCCGGCGCCGUGGACACCAAGCUCAGCUUCAGCCCCGUCGUCAAACUCGGCACCGUACUCGUCAGACCCGUCGCCACCAACAAAAAGUCCUUCUUCGUGCUGUCCAUGUCGGACAACGGGGCGCAGAUCUACGAGCUGACGGCUCAGACCGUGGCGGAGCAGAGGACGUGGCAGUGUCUCAUCACGCAGUGCGCCGAAUCCACAAAGGCAAAUUCGCGCGGCGGCCACGCGCCCACCACGCCCACUCAAGGCGAGCAGGACGCCAUGGAGAUGAUCAGCCGCGAGAUGGACAAACCCGGCAAAGGCGGCGGCGGCACGUCAGACACAUCCGACACGCCGGAUGGCGCCGCCGCAAACCCCUUUGACGCCAUCAAGUCGGAGGACGAGGAGGAGGCCGAGCAGCCUGAGGAGGAGGAGGAGGAGGAAGGGGGGGGUGCGCCGUCGGCGGACGGCAGGCCGGGAGACCGGCGAGAGGAAGACGAGGGCGAGGUGGACGAGGAAGAACUGGAGGCCUUCCUGGACGCUCAGCUGGAGGACGACGAGGAGGACCAGGCGCGAGCUUCGUCCUCCUCGUCCUCCAAAGCCGAAGAAGCUCUGGGGACGCUGGUGCUACUGAAGCAGCUCCUCUUCAAGCACAUAACGGCCGGCCCGGAGGAGAAGACGACAACGACGCCCCCGCAUCCGCCCGCCCCCUCAGCCGCCGCCCGCCACACCUUCCCAAAAGACGACGACGCCCAGACGGAACGGAACGGCGCAGAGGAUCCGGACGGCGCCGGCGAGGGCGACGACGCGUCGCUGGACGCCGUGGACAUGAGCAAACUUCUGUCAUCGGAGAACGGCGGCCGACCGAACCUCAGCCGGCGGCUGAUGACGCACCUGCGCCUCCUGCAGGCCGACCUGCAGUACCUCAAGGAAGUGGAGCUCAAGUACAAGCGGCUGCUCGGGACGUCGGCCGACUCGGACAACGACGGUGUGCACUGAAGACGACUUUGCCGUUUUGCGGGCAUCCUUAACGGGCGCCCACUUUUGGCCUCGCACUGCCGUCAAGCCGCCAAACACGAAAGUGAGCCGACCAAAUUUGCCACUGCGCUGUCGUGGAACGGGACUUCUUGCGAAACGUUUCGCCGGCUUUGAGUGCGUUAUGACGAAAAAGCAAACAUUCACAAGACUGCACAUGAGAAUUUGUAGCACCCCCACCCACCCCCCCCAACCCCUCUUCCACCCCCUUUAGACCAUUUUUUUAAUCGUGGAACUUUUAAACCCGAUUGCUGUGAAGUCUUACUUGUCAAAUUAACUUAUGCUGAAAAUGUUUUUCUAUCUUGUAUUCAUGUCGUAACACGCAAAAGAUGCUAAUGUAUUCGCACGAUAUUAAUCAUCUUUUAGUUCAUUUUUAAUUAUGCGAUAUUUAUUUUUCUGUCCAUGUGCAAUGUGCAUCGCCUCCUGUUCAAUAAAAAAAAAUGCGCACA